AGAGAGAAGAAGAGCUAUAAUAGCAUAUAUGUUGUGAGCUCUUUGUAAAGGCAACAAUUGCCUAAUUGUGUGAGAUAUUAGAGUGAAAUAAUUUCCUCUAAUAUUUUCGAUCUUAAACCUACUACAUAUUUCGCUGUGCUCCAACACCUUUUAGCAAACAUGGCGAGAAGAUUACAAGGCAAGGUAGCCCUCAUCACCGGCGGAGCCAGGGGGAUCGGCGCUGCGGCGGCGCGGCUCUUCUCUCAGCACGGCGCCAAAGUCGUGAUAGCCGACAUCCGGUCCGACCUGGGCCGCUUCGUAUCCAACCAGAUCCAACUCGAGUCGGGCCACCCCGUCUCCUACGUUCAAUGUGACGUGGCGAGCGACUCGGACAUGCAAAACGCAGUCGACACCGCCGUUUCGACGUACGGGAAGCUCGACAUCAUGUACAGCAACGCCGGGAUAGCAGGGGAGAAGUUCGACCCUCUGGCGAAUAUCAAGAAAGUAGGCAUACUGUCCGUUGACCGGGAAGUGUUCGGGAAGGUGUUUGACGUCAAUGUGUACGGAUCGUUCCUGGCAGCGAAACACGCUGCCAGGGUAAUGGUCCCGCGGAAGAGCGGGACCAUUCUUCUGACGGGCAGCGCCGUGACGGCCAGCUACGGCACCACGCCGCACAUGUACUCUGCGUCGAAGCACGCUGUGGUGGGGCUGGCGAAGAACCUGUGCGUGGAGCUGGGGGAGUUCGGGAUUCGUGUGAACUGCAUCUCGUCGUCUGGGACUCCGACCCCGAUGGGGGAGGAGUCGAUGGGGCUGGACGAAAAGACUCUGGAGGAGAUGUUCACGACGAUCGGGAAUCUGAAAGGAGUUGUUCUGAAACCAAAGAAUGUCGCGGAGGUUGCGCUGAGCCUGGUGAGUGAUGAGUCAAAGUACCUAAGUGGGUUGAACCUUUUGGUUGAUGGUGGUUUCUGCCUCAAGAGUGCUUGAUUAAAUGUGUCACCAAAUGCAAGAUAUGUAAGGUAUUGUUAACAUUGAGGCGAUGUGUAAUAUAAUGUUAAAAUAAAUAAUUAUGGAGAAUAUGAAAACACUUGGUUAUCCUUCUUCUAGUCUCUAUAUUCUGAAUCCUUUCCCUCUUUUCCUUGCUCAAACUCACUGAUUAUCCCUCAAAGUCAUCAAUUAAAAUUUUCACUAAAACAUUUGCUUAAACAAUGGUGGCCAACCUGGCAUCCGCCCAGCCGGUCCAACCAGUUCAACCCAGCAUCAGCCCAGGAAUCAAUCCCGUCUUACUCACCCAUUGAUGGAUCUAGUUUAGACAAAGGCCAUAACAAAAAGCCCAUCUACCAAAGCUAAUGAAGGACGACGAGCCCAGCUGAAGAAAAAAUCAUCAUCUCAUCCUCUUCGGCGGGCAUUCAGCUUCUUCACCAAGAACUCCUCUCAUCCACUUGCUCCAACCGAGCGAACCGUGCACAACGUUCCAACCAAACCAACGCAUUGAAGAUCCAUUCAAAUCGACCUACAUAGAAGCUCUAUGCAAGGGAAGAUCAGGCGACGACAAGCGGCAACAGUUUUCGACUCAACGAGUAGAACAGGGAAGUUUUACGGGACGAUAGAAAUCAGAAAUGGGUUGAUUUAUUCGAAUCUAAUCUGCAGUCUUUUACAUCGGAGAUUGCUUCUGGGUUUUGGCAUAGAUAAAUCGCAUUCCAAUUUAGAUUUGAUUGAAUCCAGUUGAUCUACAAUCAACGCAGGCGGGAUUUACAGCGGUAGCCAUGUCUGUCCUUGGAGGAGGCUCUGAAAAACCACGAAACUAAUGUCGGAAUGUUUCUGGAAGUCGGUAUAGGUGAGUAGGGAGGGGAAUCAGGCUCGAAAUCAUCAACGUUUCAGUUCGGCCGGCGAAAGGGAGGGAUAGAACGAAGAUAGUCGCUGAGAAGCUUUCUGGUUCUGGGUUCUGAAUUCACAUAGCCGUCAAAAUAUCGCCAGGAACGACUUUUGGUCAAAAUAUCGUAAAAUAUCGUUGAAUAUUGCGAUAUUUCAAAUUAUCGCGAAAUAUCGUCAAAAUUAAGUACUCGUCAAAAUAUCGUCAAUUUCUCGCGUUUCGAUUUUGGUUUUGAGGACCCGAAACGUUUCGCGUUUCUGCCCACCGUUUCGCGUUUCUGAGUUCUGUUGAUCGGUUUCACAGAUUCUCUGAAGCAUCUGCCGCUGGCUCAAUAUUUGGAUGGGCCGAAACAUUUAUCACACCAGAUAACUUUUGAACAGACUGGCCCAUAUUGGCAAGCCCAAUAUCAGCUUUUUGGUGUGUUGCCGGAUUCAGGCCGAUUGGGGCAGGCCCAACUCCGGGAAACCCUGGCCCUAAUGCUGCGAAACUGUCGAAAUGGAUACGAGUCACGGAAUUAUUUGAAGAAACGCCACAACGCGAA